UUCACAGCCACCAAACUUUCUCCUCCCGUUUUGCUUACAAACACCAAAGUCCCUGCUUUUCUUUGCUUCCUUCCUAUCUCUAUCUAUAAAUUUACAGCCCACCAGAGGGCUCUCAUCCCGCAACUAUAUCGAGCGCGGAUUCCGUGUUAGCGUUCAUCUCUUUGCGUAUGCUCCCCGUUUCUGAACUCUAUGUUCUUCUCAUUAUAAAACCCUCUGUGGAUCAAACUUUCUUCCGUCGAACCCGUAAAAAUCGCUACUUUCCUCCGGAGUCGAAGAAAAAUCACAUUUUUCUGAGUUCCCUCUAUUUCUCUCUGGGUUUUUGAAGAAUCCAGAGCCUGAAAUAUCGGGUUUUGAUCCUCUCUUCGACGUUCCAAUGGCGAAUUUGAUCUGCUCGACGAUGCCCUCGAUGGCGGCUUUCACCGCCUCCGAUCUUUUGAGGUCCAGAUCGCUGAGGAAGCCAUUGCCGCGGGUUUCACCGCUUUCAUCUUCUUCCGAUAAGCUAGGUUCGUCCCUUUCGUCUCUCAAACCCUUGUACUUGGCCCCUCUCGGAAGUUUCGGCCUUGGCUCUCGAGAUGGGCCGGCUUCGGCCGCCAAUCUCCGAGGACUAUCGUCGAAGGCGAGGGCCUACGAGGCCGACCGGUCGGAGGGCAUCCCGGUGCUGGACAACGAGGGGCGCGCCGCCGCCGCGCAGAAGGUCAAGAUCGGCAUCUACUUCGCGACGUGGUGGGCACUCAACGUGGUGUUCAAUAUCUACAACAAGAAGGUCCUCAACGCCUUCCCUUACCCCUGGCUGACCUCCACCCUCUCCCUCGCCGUCGGCUCCCUCAUAAUGCUGCUCUCUUGGGGCGCGAGGGUCGCCGAGGUUCCAAAGACCGACCUGGAUUUCUGGAAAGCUCUCGCUCCGGUGGCCGUGGCGCACACGAUCGGGCAUGUGGCUGCGACAGUGAGCAUGUCGAAGGUGGCGGUGUCGUUCACUCACAUAAUUAAGAGCGGCGAGCCGGCCUUCAGCGUGUUGGUGUCGAGGUUCCUGUUGGGGGAGAGGUUCCCCGUGCCGGUGUAUCUGUCACUGCUGCCAAUCAUCGGUGGUUGCGCUUUAGCUGCAGUGACUGAGCUGAACUUUAACAUGACUGGAUUUAUGGGGGCAAUGAUAUCAAACCUUGCAUUUGUGUUUCGGAAUAUAUUCUCAAAAAAAGGGAUGAAAGGGAAGUCGGUCAGUGGAAUGAACUACUACGCCUGCCUCUCUAUGCUAUCUCUGUUAAUACUCAUGCCCUUUGCUAUUGCGGUGGAGGGUCCUCAGAUGUGGGCUGCUGGUUGGAAUAAAGCAGUAUCACAGAUCGGUCCUCAUUUUGUCUGGUGGAUGGCAGCGCAAAGUGUGUUCUACCACUUGUACAAUCAAGUGUCCUACAUGUCGCUUGAUGAAAUCUCUCCCUUGACUUUUAGCAUUGGUAACACCAUGAAGAGGAUAUCGGUGAUUGUUGCAUCUAUCAUAAUCUUCCACACACCUGUUCAGCCAAUCAAUGCCCUCGGAGCUGCCAUCGCCAUUUUUGGAACUUUUCUCUACUCCCAGGCUAAGCAGUGAAAACUAGUGCGGCCUUUUCGAUAUGAUCGUGCAUGCUACUAUACUAGUCAUCGUUAGUUCUUAUCUACCGAUUCUUUGGCACAUUUAGUGGCAGAUUAAUUAAUUUUGCAAAGUAGCAGCUGAGCAGCAGCAUUUUGUUGCAGAUAGAUGUAUUUGGAAAAAUAAGCAAUUGCAGUCAUUCUUUUAGAUUUAGGAUGUUAUCUGCAGCUUCUAUGAGUAUUUCUACCAAGACUAUUCUCAUUAAGAGAUUUGAGGGAGUGUGGUACUGUCAAUGCUUGUGUGAUGAUGGACACAUUUGAUUUUGAGGCAAAGUAAUAUCUAUAUAUGUAUAUUGUCUA